AUGGCCUGGGAGCAGAGGAUGCAGGAGUUGUGCUUCCAGGAUCGGGUCCGUUCUUGGCACCUGGAUGAGGGGAAGCAGUACAGACUCACCUGCUACAUCUCCUGGAGCCCCUGCCCUGACUGUGCCCAGAAACUGGUGGAAUUCCUAGGCGAGAACAGCCACGUGAGGCUGCGCAUCUUUGCUGCUCGCAUCUAUAAAAAACGUGAUAGAUAUAAGCAUUGGCUGCGCCAGCUGCGGGACGCUGGGGCCCAACUCACCAUCAUGACCCUCAAUGAGCUCCAGCACUGCUGGGUCACCUUCGUGGACAACCAGGGCCAGCGGUUCGAGCCCGAGAUUGAACUGUUAGAAAACAUAGGAGCCCAAUGUCAGAAGCUGGAGAGCAUUCUCAGGGGUGGCUCCUAA